CUAUUUGAAACGAAAGGCGUGGCCUGUUUGGUGCAGGGCUGGUUUCAGUUAGGUCCUCUAGGCAGAUAUAAAACGCUCUAACUCGACAUUGUUUUAUUUGACUUGCCCUGUCGGUUGUAGACAUUUAAAAUUAAUACACAAUACAAAUCAUGUCUGGAAGAGGUAAAGGCGGAAAAGGACUCGGUAAAGGAGGUGCGAAGCGUCACCGUAAAGUUCUGCGUGAUAACAUCCAGGGAAUCACCAAACCCGCCAUUCGCCGUCUGGCUCGCCGUGGUGGUGUGAAGCGUAUCUCUGGUCUCAUCUACGAGGAGACUCGCGGGGUGUUGAAGGUGUUCUUGGAGAACGUGAUCCGCGAUGCCGUCACCUACACCGAGCACGCCAAGAGGAAGACCGUCACCGCCAUGGAUGUGGUGUACGCGCUGAAGAGACAGGGACGCACUCUGUACGGAUUCGGGGGUUAAACGGGUCAAAACACCAACACAACGGCUCUUUUAAGAGCCACCCAACAUUUCACUGAAAGAGUCUAGAACCAGCCAGAUAUUCUUUGCAUUUUUCUUCAACUAGAUGCGCUAAUAUGCAUUCAAAUUUAGUUUAAGUUGAGGUGAGUAGUAUUUCGGUGGUAAUUGGCAUGGGUACUGAAACACAUGUUUGUGUAGAGUAUUAUAAUGUGUAUUAAACAUGAGGUCUGAAUUCACUAGUGCUUGACCACUGUUUAAGCCGUGUAAUGUGUUGUGGUGCCAUUAUUGAUAUACUUAAAUCAAGCCUAAUGGCAUUUAUAGUGUUCGCCUUUUAAAUGGAACAAACUGUCGACGAGGAAAUUUGUGUAAAUAUGGCCCAAAUCAGAAUGGAAAUUCAUGAUCUCUAAUGACGUGAAUAAUACAAAGCAAGGGGCGACAUUGAGUACUGUUAGUGAUUACACUUAUGCACUGUAGCGAAAUUUGGUUCAGCAUUUAAAGCCGAAUGAUAAGACAUGAAGAGAAAUCCACGAGAGUCUGCAAGCACAGUUUGAACCUAAACCAAUAAAACAUCAAAUUAGUGAAA